UUCUUGUUAAAAAGAUGGUGAAUAACAAGAAGGAGAUUUGCAAAGAGGAACCAUGCGUAGACGACUAUGUCGAUUGGAGAGAUCGACCUUGCAAGCCCGGAAAACAUGGUGGCAUGCAUGCUGCUCUUGCCAUCCUAGGACUUCAAGCAUUUGAAAUGAUGGCUAUUGCCGCGGUUGGGAACAAUCUCAUCACAUAUGUCUUCAAUGAGAUGCAUUUUCCUUUAUCCAAGUCUGCUAACGUCGUCACAAACUUUGUGGGCACCGUUUUCCUACUCUCGCUUCUUGGUGGCUUUCUUUCUGACUCCUACCUUGGUAGCUACCGUACCAUGUUAUUGUUCGGCUUCAUUGAGCUAUCUGGAUUUAUAUUGCUGUCAAUACAAGCCCAUCUGCCUCAAAUGAGACCACCAACAUGCAACAUGAUGUCGAGUGCAAGCAAAUGUGAAGAAGCUCGAGGUCUAAAAGAGUUCAUAUUUUUCUUAGCGGUUUACUUGGUGGCUCUAGGAAGUGGCUGUUUAAAACCAAACAUAAUCUCUCUUGGAGCUGAUCAGUUCAGGAAAAAGGACUCCAAGAAGUUAUCAACUUACUUCAACUGUGCCUAUUUUGCAUUCUGCAUCGGAGAGCUCAUAGCCUUAACGAUUCUUGUGUGGGUGCAAACACACUCCGGGAUGGAUAUAGGGUUUGGUGUUUCGGCUGCUGCCAUGGCUGUUGGAUUAAUAUGCUUACUUUGUGGAACUCCUCUUUACAGAAACAAACCAACUCAUGGAAGUAUAUUCACUCCGAUUGCCCAAGUUUUCGUAGCUGCUAUCACGAAGAGAAAGCAAGUUUGCCCGUCGAACUCAGGAAUGCCACAUGGAAGCAAAAGAUUUGUACUUCACCAUAAUGUGUCUAUUGAGUCUCGUGGUGAUAGCAGCCUUCUCCAUACAGACAAAUUCAGGUUCUUGGACAAAGCAUGCAUUAAGAUUCAAGACGAUAAUCGAAGCAAUGAAAGCCCGUGGAGGUUAUGCACCAUGUCACAAGUUGAGCAAGUCAAGAUAAUCAUAUCAGUAAUUCCCAUUUUCGCUUGCACCAUCAUCUUUAACACCAUUUUAGCACAACUUCAAACAUUCUCAGUUCAACAAGGUAGCACCAUGAAUACAAAACUCACUUCAAACUUCCAAAUCCCUCCAGCAUCCCUACAAGCCAUCCCAUAUGUUAUGCUAGUAUUCUUAGUCCCUCUUUACGAGACUACGUUUGUUCCCAUUGUACGCAAAAUAACAGGCCGUGACUCAGGGAUCUCACCUCUACAAAGGGUUGGUGUUGGUCUCUUCAUUGCAACUUUCUCCAUGGUUUCAGCUGCAAUAGUCGAGAACAAACGAAGAAUGAUAUCUUUAAGAGAUCCCAAAGAGAGCUUUUCCAUUUUUUGGAUAGCACCACAGUUUCUUAUUUUCGGAGUUUCUGAAAUGUUUACUGCAGUUGGGCUAAUUGAGUUCUUCUACAAACAAUCAUUAGAAGGCAUGGAAUCUUUCUUGACAGCAAUGACAUAUUGCUCGUAUUCAUUCGGGUUCUACUUAAGUUCUCUUCUUGUGUCCCUAGUGAACAAGAUCACCUCUAGUCAGUCGGGCCAACGUGGAUGGCUUGGUGAUAAUGACCUCAACAAUGACAGGCUAGACCUUUUCUACUGGAUGUUAGCUGGUCUAAGCUUUGUAAACUUCUUCAACUACCUUUUCUGGUCAAGGUGGUAUAGCUACAACCCAUCAUUGAUGGGUCCUCAAGGCGGGCCUAUCCAGCCCAAAAGAUCAAGGUCAUCAGGGAACAACGAUGACAUCGAAACGGGCUAACAACAUCAUCAUUAUAGCUCAAAAUUCAACUAAUUAUCGUCAUUGAGUCUAUGCAUUACAUAUACUAUUAGUGAAAAGAGAAAAAUAAAAAGGUUAAUUAAUUAGAGGUGAUUAUUGUGAUAACCAUUAGAGCAUAAGUGCACCAUUUAAGGGGAUUUGACUAAUUUGAUAGUGGACUCUAUGUGUGAGUGUGUUUGACUUUGAAAGUUUGGAUGUGUAAGGGUCUACCAUGAUCACCAUAUGAUGAUUUGCAGUAUCUACAAAGAUGUUAGGUAUAAAACCAUCAAUCAACUAUAUUAAUAUAUAUAUGCUUACUCAGUAA